AUCCCAUCCUCAAAUCCACCCAUCUACUCUUCUCAACAUCUAUUAGAAGCCAGAGUUAUCAACAGAAAAAAUGGCUCUCUCCUUGCUUUCCAAAUUCUCCAUUCUAACAUUCAUUGCAUCACUUUUCAUGUCUUCUGCUCUGGCUCAUGAUUUCUCCAUAGUGGGUUAUUCACCAGAGCAUUUGACUUCCACGGAUAAACUUACUGAGCUCUUUGAAUCAUGGAUAUCGAAGCAUGGGAAAAUUUAUGAAUCCAUUGAAGAGAAGCUUCUGAGGUUUGAGGUUUUCAAGGAUAACUUGAAGCACAUUGACAAGAGGAAUAAGGAAAUCAGUAGCUAUUGGCUUGGGUUGAAUGAGUUUGCUGACUUGAGCCAUGAGGAGUUCAAGAACAAGUAUUUAGGACUCAAAUCAGAAGUCUUCAGAAAGACCCAAUCACCUGGAGACUUCACUUACAGAGAUGUGACGGACUUGCCAAAGUCUGUCGAUUGGAGAAAGAAAGGAGCUGUUACCCCAGUCAAGAAUCAAGGUUCUUGCGGUAGCUGUUGGGCUUUUUCAACGGUAGCAGCUGUUGAGGGCAUAAACAAGAUAGUAACAGGAAACUUAACUUCCUUGUCCGAGCAAGAACUGAUUGAUUGCGAUACAUCUUUCAACAAUGGCUGCAAUGGAGGUCUCAUGGAUUAUGCAUUUAAGUUCAUUGUCGCCAAUGGUGGACUUCACAAAGAGGAAGACUACCCGUACCUCAUGGAAGAAGGCACCUGUGAAGGAAAGAAGGGGGAAAUGGAUGUCGUGACAAUUAGUGGUUACCACGACGUACCAGAAAAUGAUGAGCAAAGUCUCUUGAAAGCCCUGGCUCACCAACCACUCAGUGUAGCCAUUGAGGCUUCUGGCAGAGAUUUCCAAUUCUAUAGUGGGGGUUUAUUCAACGGGCCAUGUGGAACUGAACUAGAUCACGGAGUAGCAGCAGUUGGCUACGGAACAUCAAAGGGGUCAGAUUACAUCAUCGUCAAGAACUCCUGGGGACCCGAAUGGGGAGAAAAAGGGUACAUAAGGAUGAAGAGGAACACUGGAAAACGUCAAGGUCUCUGUGGUAUCAACAAAAUGGCUUCGUAUCCUACUAAGAAGAAAUGAAGAACUGACCUGAACAUGUGGAUUUCGCUGUUCAAGAAAACUUAAUUUUUUUUUUCUUCAUUUAAGCUUUUUCCAUAGUACCUUGUAUUGAUAAAGUUUGUGGGCCUACUUUUGCCAUGUUCAUUCCUCAAUAAAAUGGCUUUCGCUUGAAAAACAUUGUAUUAAUCUUUAAUUAAGAACGCAAACCAGCGUAUACCCUAUUUUAUGAUGAUAUAUAUAAGUAUAAUUAAACCAGAGUACACACGGAAACAUUUGCAGGCAUUGACGUUAUUCUCCUCUCUGAAUUGAACAUAUUACAUUCACCAAAAAUAAAACCGAACGCAAUAUUAAUCAUAAUAAUCUUUUGUCUUUCUAGAUGUAAUCAGAUAAUUUUAA